AUGGUAAUUGGCCUUUAUCCAUUUGCCCCGCUAUCAGUACCGCGGACCCAGUUGCCAGUUGCCACCAUCGUCCGAGCAGAACUCCUCGCAAACCCCUGCUCCCUGGAAAUCUCUGCGCAUGAAAAGGAGAAAAAAAUGCGAUAUUUGGCGCGUUCUCUCCCAUGCCUACCGACUCCCUUCUCGAAACUCCCCUCCCUUUUCCUCCACACCACCAGCACCUUCUCCACUGCCCCAUCCCCUUCUCCCCCUCCCGAAUCCACUACUAUCCUCUCCGAUCACGAACUUUCUGAAGUUCGCCAGCUCCUUCCCGCUCUCUGCGACGCCGGCCACCCCCUCGAUGCCGUUCGCCUCCUCGCCGCUGCUCUCCUCGCCGACCCUCCACUCUCCUCCCUUCCUCUCGCGGACCUCGCAGACCGCCUCACCUCCUUCCCGGACAUGUCCGCCUCCAUCGCACUUCUCACCACCCUCCGCUUCCACCCACGCCAGCCUUGUCCUCUCCCAUUCUGCUCCCUCAUUAUCUCGUCCUACUUCCGCCGCCGCCGCCUUCGGGAGGCCGCAAAGGUCUUUGCCUGGCUUUGUCGGAUCGAUUCCCCGUGCAGACCUGAUAUGGAGAUUUAUCGAAUAGCUGUUCGGGGGUUUUGUGAGGGAGGAAGGGCGCUUGAGGCGGUUAGGGUCGUGAAAGAGAUGGUAAGGGAUGGGAUGUUGCCCACGGAGGAGAUUAGGAUUUUGCUUUGUCUGGUACUGUUGAGGGAGGCGAGGGUUCAGGAGGGGUUGGAUUUUGAUGAUGCGGUAAGGAAGGCUGGGGAGGGAGACCGCGGUGAUGGAGAUGGGAUUGCUGGGGUCACGGAACUGCUUGAUCGGAUUAUUAAGGAUUGGGAGGAGUAGUGCCUGGUUAAGGGAUGUGAGCAUCAUGCAUGUGCCAUCAAUUGCCUUGAGACUAUGUUAGACCGGUCAUUAGAUCGGCCCAGCCAGUCCGCAUUGGACCAGCCCGCUUCUAAGCUACGCGGAACAAAGCCUGCCACCCAUCCCUGCCGCUCGAACCGCAGGAGCCACUAGAGCUAUUUAGGAAGGAUUUUUGAGUGAAAUUUUAAAGUAUGUGCUGUUUAGAGAUUUCCUUUUGAAAUUUAUGUAUUAAGUAUUAUGUUUUGCUAGGGUUAGGACAUCUUGAAUUUGAUUAAAAUUUGAGAUCUCUCUUAGGUUUUGGGUUCUAGCAGCGUCCAGAGAUUUGGAGGAGCCGGAUCUUACUCUCCAAUUAAAGAUCCACUUAUAUCUUGUAUUUUCUUUCAUAAAACUUUUAAUAAAGAGUGUUCUUGUGUAUUUUAUUCCUA